AGAGCUCAUUGCGUCCCUCUACCCAGAACAUGCCCUUUCCCAAUAGCUGUGGCAUGAUUCUUUCCAAGCCCUGCCCCCUUCACCCCAGGUACCUUCCAAACCUUGGCAGCUUGGGGAAGUUAUGGGUUAUCAAGAAUAUCUCCCAGCUUGCCAAAAAUGGAUGCAAGGUGUAUGCCAAUUGGUGCUUGAUUCCAUAGGAAGGCAUCCAGACCAGAAGGAACCAGAGCCUACUAGGCUUCCCCCCAUUAUCUCAAAAGAUGGGAAUUAUUCCGUGCACCAGAAUAGCCACACAAGAUACCACGAAGCUGUCCGGAAGGUGUUGUUGAAGACGUUUCCCAAUCAGGUCUUCAGAAUCCCCUUGACUGAUGCUCAGAACUUCAGCUUCUGGUGGUCCCAUGAUCCAGGAGUGCGUCCAGAGGAAACCAUGCCAUGGAUCCGGAGCCCACGCCAUUGUCUCAUAAAAAGCGCGAUGACCAGGUUUAUGGAUCACUCUAUUCUCAGUGACAGGACCUUCAGUCUGUAUUAAGAAGAUAUGGCUGCAGAAAGACAAGAUGAAUUGUGGCAAGAGUGCAGAGGGGGAAAGAAGGAGGUUUCCCAGUUCCGAUGGCUGACUAAUGGGAGGAGGAGAUGGAGAAAGCACAGUAAACAGACUGGACUAAAA